GGCGCCAUGCCGAAGAAUAAAAAAGGGAAACGCGCUACUGCCAACCGCGGGUCUCUCCGACAGGAAGUCCUUCAGCUGCACCUGUCGGCCAAGGCCACAUUGCAGUGUAAAGGGGGACGGAAUGGCAUAAAGGGUGAAUCUGGGGCCAGUGACGAUGACCCGACCAGCGACGUCGUGAGCCACUACAGCAGUGCCAGUGAGAAUGCUUCUGUGCUGGAGGAGGGCAAUGGUGGGGAGCCAGUGGAUGAACAGACAGCCCAAGAAGAGAUUGAAGACAAGCUGAAGCAAUGCAUCGACAACCUAAUGGACAAGAGUGCGAAGACUCGUUUGGCUGCCCUAGAGAGUCUAAAGCAGGCCUUCUCAUCCAAGCUGCUCUCCGACUUCCUGAGAACGCGCCAGCUUACAUUGAGCGACUGCCUUGAGAGGAGUCUGCGCAAGGGCAGCGGAGAAGAACAAGCGGCCGCAGCAUAUGUCAGUGCCCAGUUCUGUGUGCAACUGUGUGCAGGAGACAGCAGUGAGGAUUGCUUCACCGUGCUCAGACACACCCUCGGCACCAUCCUGAGUGACACUUGUGCCAGCAUGGUGGCCCGCCAGAGCUGUGCUGUGGCCCUGGGGAUGUGCUGUUACGUCUCCGCUGCUGAAGACGCAGAGGAUCUGCUGAAAACUCUGCGCAACCUUGAAUGUGUUUUCACCAGUUCCUAUCCAAACAAUGAAGGGGUCCUACCUGCACUAAAGCCAGGGGCCUCUAGGCUGCAUUGUGCUGCCUUGCAGGCUUGGGCACUGCUUGUCACCCUCUGCCCUGCCUCUCAUGUUCGCACCUUGCUUGACCUCCACCUGCCUAAGUUGCAAGCCUGCUUGGAGAGUAAUGAUGUCAACUACCGGAUUGCUGUGGGGGAGACCAUCGCCCUGUUGUUUGAACUGGGUCGAGAUAAUGAUCAGGACUUCCUGUAUGAUGACAGUGACACGCUGUGUGAGUGCUUGAAGUGCCUGGCAAAGGAUGGGAAUAAGCAUACUGCCAAGAAUGACCGCCGAAAACAGCGCUCCAUCUUCAGAGAAGUCUUGCACUACAUUGAGAAUGAAGAUUUCACAGAGGAGAAGAUCAGGUUUGGAACAGAAGUCCUCUACAUUGACAGUUGGAUGCGGAGGAGAAUUUAUGAUGCUUUCAAAGAGGUCCUAGAAUCUGGAGUGAGACAUCACCUACAGCAUAACGAGCUGUUGAGGAUGAUAUUCGAGCUGGGACCUCCUCUGGUGCUGGAUUCCUCUGUGAAGGCCAACAAACUCUCUCGUGUGGAGAAGCACCUGUACAACUCAGCUGCAUUUAAGGCAAGGACUAAACUGAGGAACAAAGUUAGGGACAAGCGAGCAGAUGUGAUGUGACAAGGCUAAGGUGUGCCCAACCCACACUGGCCUCGAUGGCAACAGACCCUUGAACACUAGCCAACUCAGCUCUCUCCUCUACACUUGAUUUAAAAAAGGAACAAUGCUGCUGCCAAACCAGAAAACAAUGCAAGAGUGUGCGUGUGCGUUUGUGUGUGCAUUCUUUUUUUACCUAAUACCAGAGAAAACAAAAGGUAAAACAAAUGGUUGGAAUUAGAGUUAAAAACAAUGUAUUGUCUCUUUAUAUUAACCUUAUGUAACAAUUUCUUGAGUAUUUUACUUUCUAAUUUAUUAAGAGUGAGGAAAUCAGUUUUUUUAAAAAAAGUUUACACAGUGAAAUUGAACACAAUGUGGAGAAAAAAUGAAGACCUUUUGUAGUUUUUCUAUGUAUAUUUUGUAUGCUGGUGUGUUGUGUAUACGUUACAUAGAUAUGUGACUACAAUACAUAUCUAUGUACUAUUAAGAGCAUGGGUAUUUACGGAGAGUGUGGCCGUUUUCUAAAAAUGUUUCUCAUCUACUUGAUUUACCGUGCUAUGUACCCAAAGGGUAAACUGAAUUUGA